AAUGGAAUUUUUAUAUCCACACGAUAGAGGCCGUUUAAAAAUAUAAACAAUUUCUUCUGCCCAUCUAAUUUUAUAUUGUAUUUUGUAAAUGAUGCUGACUAUUGAUAAAGCACGCAAGCUGCCAAGAUGUCUAUUAUACCAUUGCUUGUACUAGUUGCAAUCUGUUUGACAUUUGCAUGCGGUGCUAACUCUUUUACAGGGGAAAAUAUGUAUACCUAUUCAAAAAGUAACAGCCCGUGUUAUAAAACCGAGAUGAACCUGUUGCUGGUUGGUGCGACUGGUGCUGGCAAAAGUUCCACGGGGAACUCUAUACUGGGCAAGAACGUCUUUGAAACAGCCUCUAACUCUGCACAGACAACCAAACAACUCCAGAUCGCGUCCGCGGAGAACGACGGAUACAAGUUCACUGUUGUCGAUACACCGAGUGAUUACGGCGCCGUACUCGAGCAGAACAGUUUGAGGGAGAUUUUAUUAAAAAACUCAUCAACAAGUUCUAAAUACUAUGAUGCUAUCUUGUACGUCAUAAGGUUUAAUAAUUUUAAUUCGGUAGAGGAUAAAAAAAACGUUGAAAUGUUAAAAAGGAUGUUUGGAGACAAAGUAAUGAGGGAAAAUACAAUUCUUGUAGCCACACAUCAUUUGAAAUGGUUGCAUGGUGAUGAAAGCGAACGUUCUCUUAUCGAUCGUUGGGACUUUUUUUUUUAUUACACUUUCAAAUACGUGCUAAAGGAUUGUGGGCGGAGAUUUAUUUUGUUUGACAACAAGCCUAAAAACAACGAAACGAUAAAGAAUCAAAUCAGAAGAUUGGCCGAAGAAGUCAAUGAAAUCAGAAAAACAUAUUCGAAACACAAUUUACGUUGGGGACUGGAAGAGACCGUGACAAAAAUUUGUAACGAGUUUAAAAACAUUUCAGCGGGCGACCCUCGGCGUUUGUAUUUGCUAGAGGGGCUAAAAAAUCGACUUUUAACCAAGAUUGAUUUUCUCUUGGAUAUAAUAACAAGGAAGCCGACAUUGGUACAAGUUCUGCGUGCAUCAAUCCAGUUGCUUGACGAAAUCAAUCGUGACAUUCUUGCAUUCAAUUUCCACAAGAACAAGGGACCUGAACCUAAACCUGGAUUCAUAGAACGUUUAGUAAGAUUCAAGAAUAAAGUGUGGUUUAUUUUAGGUUAUCCGUCCAAACCAAAAGACCAAUGCGAAGAAAUGUAG